CAAACAUUUAAAAAGAUAAUUCCCGCUCCCGCUAAAAAUAGAAGAACGGAAACAACGAUAUUGAUCGAGUUAGUUGCGCAAUAUUGGUAUCACACUCUCUGUACGCCCACAUCCGGUGCUAAAUGUAUACAAAAACAAUGGCUGUGUGCGUCGCAGUUAUCGGCAAAGACAAUUCUCCACUAUACGUAGGUGGAAUAGGCAACGACACCAGUACAGAUAACGAGCUAUCCCGACAAUGGCUCAUCCACACGGCCUUAGAUGCUCUUGAAGAAAGACUUACAAGCACCAAUGCUAAUAAUGCAAGUGCCAACCCAAACGCAGUACGCACUGAUCUCCGGGAUUUGUAUUUAGGAUUAUUAUAUUCCACUGAUACACAUAAAAUCUACGGCUACGUCACAAACACACGGAUAAAGCUAGUGCUAGUAACGAGCUCCACAUCACCAAGUGGUAGUAACAUUAGAGAUGCAGAAGUGAGAACAGCUUUGCGAAGACUUCAUGCACUGUACGCAGAUGCAAUGUGCAACCCAUUUCACUUGCCAGGAGACCCUAUAACGUCGUCGAAAUUCGACAAGCAAGUCAAGAGCUUGAUGUUAAAUAAUGUAUAAUAAUGAUUAAUCUACUCAGUGAUGAAAC